AUGCAACCAAGCCAAAUGAACGAAAAAAAAAUUUCGAAAAUAACUCUUUUACUUUUAAUUAAUGAAAUAAUUAAUUUGAAUAUAAAAUUAGUAAAAGACAAUAUAUUAGAUAUUGAAAAUGUAGGAAAUGGUGAUAAUAACAAGUUUUAUAAUGACAAAUUUGAUAAUGAAAAGUUUGAUAAAAAGGACAGUAAUAGUAACAGUAAGGAGAAUUGUAACGAGAUAGAAAAAGAUAAAGAUUGCAUAAAUAUCAUGUCAAAAAGAUUAAAAAAUAUGGGUAAAAGUAUAGGAUUAAAAAUGAUUGAACAUAUAUUAAUAUAUAAAAAUAAUUUAGUUGAUAUUAAAGAUAUUAUCAAAGUUAUAGGAAAAGAUAUGUGGUAUAUUAUUUUUAAUAAACAUAUUGAUAAAUUACAAACUUAUAAAAAAAAUGUAUAUAUAAUUGUUGAUAACGAUAUAACUGUUUAUUUAAAACACACUUUAAUUGAUAACCAAACAAAUAAAAAAAAUAAUUUUAUCCAUUUUUUUAUAAUUUUUAUAAUUGGAAUUAUUAAAGGUGUUUUAACCCGAUUUAAAAUUAAUGCUUAUAUUACUUACAAUUUGCAUUACCCUACAUGUUCUUUUCAAAUAACCAUACUCGAUGGGUAA